CACAUCCACUUGGGCUCGACUCCGACAGAACUCCUCUCCUUUCACCAUCCCGUCCACGUUAAUCGACAACAUCCGUCAAGAUGGCCAAGUCCAAGAACGCGUCCCAGCACCACCGCAGCCAGAAGGCUCACCGUAACGGUAUCAAGAAGCCCAAGACCAACCGUUACCCCUCCCUCAAUGGUGUUGACCCCAAGUUCCGCCGCAACCACCGUCACGCCCUGCACGGCACCGCCAAGGCCCUGAAGGAGCGCAAGGAGGGCAAGCGUGAGGUCGCAUAAACGUGGACGGAAUCGAAAAGAAAAUUCAUGGACGGAGGAAAUCUCGAGCGUGCAAGGAGCCGGAGAACAUAAAUGUUAUGUGCGAUGAACCAAGAUCAGACAGUCCCGCUGUCUUAGUCGAAUAGGCCUGGUUUCUGCUUAUUCCUUGCGCGAUAUCCAUUCUGGGGUUGUUUGAUACACAGAAAUCAACAGGCUUAAUUCGAUAACCACGCAGUGGUGUCGAUCCCGAGCGGGAGAGACACUUUUUUUCUCCGUUUUGUGUUUUGCUUUUGCAGUUUCGGUUGGACUUGACACCAUCGCUUUGCUCUGUUUUGCUUUGCGAGUGAUGGCUUUUGUGCCCGUGCAGCACCUCGAGCAUGCAUCUCGAGUUCCCUUUCCCCCAGAUCUUUCGAUCUUCUACGGCAUAUGUGUGUACAGCAACGUGCUCUUUUUAUGCGCGCCUGCUGAAGGAUUUUUUCAACGUGCCAAGAACAAACCCCAUGCCCUCGUCAUAUAUCUACUGCUUUCUCGCCUUGCAAUGGUGAGAGAGUUGAUCGAUGGACGGCAACAUCCCCGUAAGCAGUAGAGACAUUUUGUGGAAUCGAAUUCUCAGAGACCGAGUGGUGUGAGCCAACACCGGUAUCAUAUCAUAUUGCAUGCAUCAAACUCUAUAUACCAAUACUCGCUGAAUA